ACAUUUUCAAAAAAGGUAAUAUUGGUCCUGCAUGUGAAAACAGUGGAGUCUUUUGUAGGCUUCAUAAUCGUUGUUCGCAUGAAUUACUUAAAAGUAAUGACAACAACAUUAAUGUAAAACUUCGAAGGGAAAUACGCCACAGAAGGUUAGCUAAGACAUCUGUGUCCUCAAUGUAACACUGAUACAAAGUGAAGCAAAAGCUUUGAAAAAAGGGAUUGAAAAUAUCCUAAAUAGUCAUAUACAAAUGUUUGAUACCACUGUAAUAACCACAAAAUAUAAAUAACAAUAACAGCAACAACGAAUAAUAACCUAAUAACAAUAAUUACGAUAACAAUAAAUAAUAGCACAAGUAGUCUCAUUUUAAUCGUAAAUAAAUACAAUUCCCAGAUUUCCUCUUUCAAAUGUGAAUAAGUAAUUAUUUUCACUCUCAUUUAACUUUACCUUCUUCCGUUCUUUUAUUAUGAAGAGGGUGGUGAAGGGGUGGAGAGCUGUCUGAAGUAGUCUACUGAUGACCUCACGUUAGAAUGUGGCAGUGUGGUGGAACAGAGGCGCUGAUUGGUCGCCCGUGUCACAGCGGUACUUCAAAGCCGGAGAGGACCUACAAUUGUGGUGGAAUGGGCGGAACACAUCAUUGUAUUGCACACCUCUAAAAAAACACUGCCGUGAUUCAUAAAUAUAAAAAGAUCCUCUGAGGAGGGCACUUUUUGUGAUGGCAACUUCACUUCUAGGGGAGGAGCCGAGGCUAGGAUCGACUCCUUUAGCCAUGUUGGCUGCGACAUGCAACAAGAUAGGGAGUCCGAGCCCAUCACCAUCCUCCAUUUCGGAUAAUUCUUCAUCUUUUGGGAAAGGCUUCCACCCGUGGAAGCGAGCCACCGCCAGCAGCUGCAGCCUUGGGUCCGGCCUGUCCGGUUUUGGAGUGUCCCGUAACGGAGCUGGUCUAUCGGACUCGUUUGGCACCAACAGCUCUCCCGGUUCCAGUGCCUUCUCCCUAACGUCCGGCAACUCAUCCACGCCCCACUUUGGAAACGACUAUUCUGUAUUUCAGGCCUCCGUUACAAACAGUUCUCAAGAACCCAGCCAUCAGCCCGUCUUCAUUUCCAAGGUGCACUCCUCAGUGGACAGUCUGCAAGGCAUCUACCCGAGAAUGAGCGUUGCACAUCCGUACGAGUCCUGGUUCAAAUCAUCCCAUCAUGGUAUCCCCACAGGAGAGGUUGGCACCACCGGCGCGUCUGCAUGGUGGGAUGUGGGAGCGGGUUGGAUUGAUGUUCAGAACCCGAGUGGAGCAGCUCUACAGUCCUCGUUGCACUCCGGUGGACUCCAGACAUCGUUACACUCUCCUUUAGGGGGCUACAAUUCCGAUUACUCCAGCCUAAGUCACUCAGCCUUCAGUACAAGUCCCUCUCCACACCUUUUGACAACCGGACAACACCUGAUGGACGGUUACAAGCCGGUGUUAUCCUCUUAUCCGGACUCCAGUCCGUCUCCAUUAGGCGGAGCAGGGGGGAAUAUGUUAUCUGGGGGGCCAACGGCCUCUCUAGCGGGGUCUCCCCGGUCCUCCGCACGGCGCUACUCUGGCAGAGCCACCUGCGACUGUCCCAACUGUCAGGAGUCGGAAAGGCUGGGGCCGGCAGGAGCAAGUCUGCGGAGGAAAGGGCUCCAUAGCUGUCACAUUCCGGGCUGUGGAAAGGUUUACGGCAAAACGUCGCACCUCAAGGCGCACUUGAGGUGGCACACCGGAGAGAGACCGUUUGUGUGUAACUGGCUGUUUUGCGGGAAGAGGUUUACGCGCUCUGAUGAGCUCCAGCGACACUUGCGCACGCACACUGGGGAGAAAAGAUUCGCCUGUCCCGUCUGCAACAAGAGGUUUAUGCGGAGCGACCAUCUGAGUAAACACGUAAAGACUCACAGCGCCGGGGGCUCCGCCGGGUCUGGCUCUGGCAGCGGGGGAAAGAGGGGAAGCGAUACCGACAGUGAGCACAGUGCUCCGGGGAGCCCUCGAUGCCAUUCCCCCGACCUGUUGCAAGCUCCCGAAUCUACCCCGGGAACGGGAAACGAACGGCCUUUCUAAACUCUCUCGACUAAGUAUAAUAUCUGAGAAAAGCAUAUGAUCUGAGGGAAAUGGCUAAACUACAGUGGACAUACGUCGAGUAUGCGUAAUUAUGCUAAUGUGUGCAAGUUGAGUUAAUCAAGUGAUUUAGACUACUGAUCAAAUGAUAUCUCCUAGUAGCCUAUUGAUGACGUGGGGUGUACAGGUCAAAUACAGUACUGGUAAAGUAAUCCUGAAGGCACACUGGAACACUGGGGCACAAUGUAAACACAUCAGUGUUCUUCUAACGCACAGACUGAUCCAACCGGGGAGGCCUAUACUUUGGUGUAUGUACCCUUUUGAGUGUUUUUACGCAACAUGGUUAUUACAUGGGUAUUACAAUAAGCAAGAAAUAGACAACGUUGUUCUAUCACUUGGUGAUAAUAUGUGUCCUGCAAUAUCGUGUUACUACUGUGCUGACGUACUUUUAUUCAAAACCAAACUGUGGCACUUUAUUAGCCUGUUGAACACUGAAAUGAUCAGUUCGCGUCCUUUUCGGCGGCUCCUUUGUAAGGACAAAUCACUGUAGCUGUUUAUGUGCGGUGAUCCACGUUUUCUUUACGUCCUGAUCUACCCUAUCGAACACAUCACCUGUUUAUUAUUAAUAAUGGAGGAAAAGUUAUGUCACCCGUUGGUUAAACGCUCCACGGAUACUAUCAGAAAGAGCCUGUCCAAGUUUGUAAUGAAUACUUACAUUUCACGUCACUGCAAGGCUGUAUAUAAUGAGAAAUGUAAUAGCCUAGAAAAUUAUCCCGCACCAAUGUAAAGGUGAGUUAUGUAUUUGUCCAUGAGACGAUUUUGUAUAGUCAUUUCUAGUUGUACAUUUGGCUCUAGUAAAUAUCUGAACAUGUACGGAAGUGUAUUUUGACAUUAUUGUUUUAUUUUGUUUUGUUUGUUUGUCAGGAUAUAAAAAAAUGUUAUUGUGGGGAGUUAUAUAUUUAACCACGAGUUUUACUUGUAUUUCUGAGUCUUUUAAUAGACGCACUUUGAAUUUAUUUGUAAGAAGAUUUCGAAAUCAUUCACUGUUUAUUAUUCUCAUCUUUUAAUUUAAGUAAGCAUGUUGUAAAGUGACGUUAAAUUCACAAGCAUCAUUUCUCAGAGACUGGCUUUCUAAUUUAAGCCACUCAAUAAAGUCGGUAUGGAUUCAGAAUCAA